AUGGAAGCUCAGUUUUCAACCACCGUUCUUAAAUAUACUUCUUCUGUGUUCAGAAAAAUUCUCGAAGAUGCAGUGCGUGAGGAAGACGAUCGAGAACAAAUAUUCACAAGUGUCGCUAAGAAAUCCAAGGGGAAUCUGCUGUGGAUCGAUCUAGCAUGCAAAACCCUCGCCACGGAGGUUGUGUGGAAUGUCCUAAAUGUGCUUGACGAUUUACCGGGUGAAUUCCAGAAGUUCUAUGACAACAUGAAGCAAAGGAUCAACAGCCUGCUUUGGAAAGACGGCGGGUACUGCAAUAGAGUUUUAUACAUUAUGGCUGCCGCAUAUGGGUCAGUCGCGGUCAGCGACCUGAUAAACCUUGCGAAUAUACCGUCCCAGGUCGAUUUGUCGACUCUUGUCACCAAAUAUCUUCCCUUUCUUGAACUGAGUGGUAGUAUGGUAUCUUUUACCAGCGCUUCAGCGGAGUAA